AUGGCGUACAAAUUUAACAGGAAUAAGACUGUAUAUUGUCUUCACUGGCUUCUGUGGCAUGGAGCUGAUCAGACUGCGGUGACCGUAAGAGGCUGGACUGCAGCUCAUUUGGCUGCCAUUCGAGGUCAGGAUGCCUGCAUGCAGGCCCUUCAUCUCAAUGCUGUGAAUCUAGGACUCCCAGAUGACCUAGGAUGUACUCCAGCACAUCUGGCAGCGACCCACGGACAUUCAUUCACUUUACAAACCAUACUCCGGAGCGGAGUGGAUGUCAACGCUUCUGAUAAGAAUGACUGGAAACCUAUACACAAUGCUGCCUUCUACGGCCGGCUAGGCUGCCUCCAGCUUCUUGUCCGAUGGGGAGCUACAUUAGACGAUGCGGAUAAAGAUGGAAACCUUCCAGGUAUGGUAGGAGAAACAUCCCAGUCAUGCCAGAGGUUUGCCCAGCUGGCUGUGGUGGCGUAUCUGAAAAACAAGAUGGGAAAUGACUCCGAUCUGGAAAUCGACAUAAAAGACCCAACCUUUUUUGAACAUCAUGGUGUGGAAGGGAGCACAGAUAGCAAGGGAGAUCUGAAGGAAAACAAGCAAGAGAAAAUCGAUGCUCGGGAAAGAGCCUACCAGAAAGUGGAAGAGUUGCAAGGUCUUCUAGAAAUGGCCAUCAGCAACUUCAAGCAGCUUGGAGGCAUCACUCCUCGGGAAAGGCAGGCCAAACUCGAAGAGAAAAGGUUCGAAAGGACCGUCUCUGAGCUCAACGGGCAGCUGGAAUACGAGCAGAUGCGACGGGAGAAGUUGGAAGCUCAACUGGACGAAGCCCGAGCAGAAAUCGGAAAACUUAAAAAGCUACAAGGAAAAAACGAGAUGUCUUCAACCCAUAAGCUCUCUGUGGAGUCAUUGGAUUUCUUGAAAGAAGAGCCUGAUUUAGACACAGCCGCCUCCGAUUUGCCUAAAGUGAGUUUUGACACCAAGAAAGAGAAGAGAUUGAAGAAAAGACCCCUCUUCGGCCCUGGGGGUGUGAUUGUAAAAAGAUUCUAA